AUGUCUAGGUUGCCACAGACCGAGCCGCUAUGGCGGCCCAAAAAUCCGGAAAACACACCCAUCGCUAGGUAUAGGCAACAUAUCAAUCGUAAAUUCGGAAAGAACUUCAAAAAUUCCCACGAGCUCCAGAGAUGGAGCGUCUCUAAGGCCGGAAGACAGGACUUCUGGCUUGAUCUGUGGUCAUAUGUCGGGAUGGUGCCUGCGUUGCCGUCGAACAUGAAGGAGGCUUAUGACAACAAUGCAACGAUUGAUCAGAAUCCGAGGUGGUUCGAAGGCGUUAAUAUAAACUACGCAGAAAACGUGCUCGAGGGUCGUGAUCCCAACGCCGUCGCUCUGAUCGGACUGAGGGAGGGUGAGCCAAUCGAGGGCGAGAAGUGGACGUGGCAGCGCCUGCGGGAAAACGUACGGAAAGCCAGGUCCGCACUGCUACGGCUCGGAGUCAAAAGAGAGGACAGGGUCGGCGCGAUUAUGAGCAAUUCGAACUGGAUCAUUGCCUUGUUCCUUGCUUGUGCGUCGAUCGGCGUGGUGUACACGAGCAUAUCGCCGGACAUGGGACUAGAGGGCUGUGUGAGUAGAUUGCAGCAGGUUGAGCCCGUCGUAGUGUUUGCGGAUAGCUGUCAAACAUAUAAAGGCAAGAAACGAAGUUUGAGGGAGAAGAUUGCGAGCACGAUUGCUGCAUUGCCUCGGAUUCCCAAAGUCUACCUUAUACCGCUUGGAGGGGCAGGAGAGACGCUCGACUAUCCCGUGCUAGACGAUUUCCUCGCCCAAUCCAGUCCUGAGGACGAGCUUACGUACCUGAGGGUGCCGUUUUCUGCUCCUCUGGUUAUCCUGUACAGCUCAGGAACAAGUGGACCGCCCAAAUGCAUUGUCCAUCAGCACGGAAUCAUCCUACAGCUUAAAAAGAUCGCCAAACUCCAUAACUCUUUGACUGAAAGCGAUGUAGUGUUUCAGUUUUCGAGUACUUCGUGGGUGCUGUGGAACAUCAUGAACGGCCAUUUGUCAGUUGGUGCUACGGUAGUCUGUUAUGAUGGUUCACCGCUGUAUCCGGAUGCUAGCACCAAGCUGAAGGUGCUAGAGCAUCAUAAAUGCACGUAUUUUGGCACGUCUCCAAGAUACCUCCUCGAGCUGGAGAUGUCCGGUAUCAAGCCAAAAAGCUUCAAUUUGAGCAAGCUGCGAAUGGUAACCACCACGGGAGCCACCUUGACCGCUGAACAGUUCCGAUGGUUCUACACGGCUUUUCCGCGUGACAUCCAUCUUAGUUCUGUAGCUGGAGGCACUGAAAUAUGCACUUCAUGGAUGGCCUCAGAUCCAUCAGCACCGGUGUACGCGGCUGAAAUGCAGCUCCCAGCUUUGGGCCAAGAUGUCGAUGUCGGCGACCCAGAGACAGGAGAGAGCAUCAAGGACACAGGCGAAGCAGGCGAGCUCAUCUGCAGGAGUCCCUUCCCAAGCAUGCCCAUCUACUUUUACGGAGACAAGGGCGGCAAGAAGUAUCACGAAGCGUACUUUGAGCGCUACAGCCACAUCAAGGUGUGGGCGCAACAUGACUGGAUCCAGUUCAAUCCAAAGACCGGCGGUGCGCAGAUCCAUGGACGAAGCGACGGGACGCUCAACCCUUCAGGCAUACGCUUCGGAUCUUCUGAGAUAUACAACAUCGUCGAAUCCCCCCGCUUCAACUCACGAAUCGGCGACACGCUCUGUGUUGGGCGCAAAAGAAAGCACGACCAAGACGAGGUCGUCUUCUUGUUUGUGAAGAUGAAGGAAGGCCAUGUGCUUACCGAACAGCUGAAGAAAGAGGUCGAAAAUGCCAUUCGAACGCUGCUCAGCCCAAGACACGUGCCGAGGUUCAUCCUGCAGGUCAAAGAUAUUCCCGUCACGAUCAACGGCAAGAAAGUCGAGAUUGUGGUGAAGAAGAUCAUUUCAGGCACAGAUGUCAAGGUAUCGUCCACUGUCGCCAACCCGGAAUGCUUGGAUGAGUACAAGAAAUACAGAGACAUUGAGCAUACUCGCAUGUCAAAAUUAUAGAUCUUUGCUUACAACAUCGAAUGGGAACAAAUUUUUACAUUCGUCUAUUCCACGCCUCUGAGAAGGAGAAUAUCUACAAGAC